UUCGAUAACAUCAAGAUAGCCGUUCGUUUGUCGUUUGAAUCCUAGAAAGUCGAAAUAAACCUAUAGCCGAAGCAAUGAGUUAAAACAAGUACUUGGAAAUGAUAAGAUACAGAACAAACGACAAGAGCAUCUACCGUCGUAUGAGUUCAAGCCUAUGGCAGAAUUGCACCAAUCUCCGAGCUCUCAAACAAGUCCACGCUUCCAUGGUAGUCUCUGGUUUCAACUCUGACGUUUCCUUUCUCAGAGACUUCAUUUUCGUCGCAGCGGUCGCCAUUUCGUCCACAAUAGACUAUGCCCAUCAAGUGUUUGCUUAUAUUACUGAACCAGACGUUUUUAUGUGGAACUCCAUUAUCAGAGGCUCAGCUAUGAGCGGGAGUCCUUUUAAAGCUAUUUCGUUGUACAGCCAAAUGGAAAAACGACAUGCCAUGGCCGAUCGCUUCACUUUCCCGUUCCUGUUCAAGGCCUGCACUAAGCUUUCUUGGGUCAGGAUGGGUUUGGGACUCCAUGGAAAGGUUGUGAAGUUCGGGUUCGAUUCGAAUAAGUACAUAAGGAAUGCCCUUAUCUUUUUUCACGCAAAUUGCGGGGAUUUGAGUGCUGCGAGCUCACUUUUCGACGAAUCAGCGCGGGUGGAUGUUGUGGCGUGGUCAUCUUUGAUGGCAGGGUAUGCGAGACGAGGGAAUCUGGAUGUUGCCAGACGGAUGUUUGAUGAAAUGCCUGAACGAGAUUUGGUUUCUUGGAAUGUGAUGAUAACGGGGUACGCGAAACAAGGAGACAUGGUGAAUGCGAGGCGGCUUUUUGAUGAGGUUCCUAGAAGAGAUGUGGUGUCUUGGAAUGCAGUAAUUGCGGGAUAUGUAAGUUGCCGGGAGUAUUUGGUGGCGCUCGAGAUGUUUGAGGAGAUGAGAAGCGCGGGGGAACGCCCCGAUGAAGUGACGAUGCUCAGUCUCUUGUCUGCUUGUACGGAGUUGGGAGAUUUAUGUGCUGGCCAAAUGAUGUAUAGCUCAAUAAUGCAGAUGGGUUCGGGGUGUUUGAGUGUUCUACUAGCCAAUGCGCUUGUUCACAUGUAUGCGAAGUGUGGGAGUAUUGAACGGGCACUGGAAGUCUUCAGGGGAAUGACGCACAAAGACAUCACGACGUGGAAUUCAGUGUUAACGGGUUUGGCUUUUCAUGGCCAUGCUGAGGAAGUGCUGGCUCUGUUUGAAGAGAUGUUGAGGUUGAAAAUCAGGCCCGAUGAGAUCACUUUCGUCGGGGUCUUGGUUGCUUGCAGCCAUGCAGGGAGAGUUGAAAAGGGGCUGGGAUAUUUCAACCUCAUGAGAACUAGGUACAAAAUUAAGCCAAACAUAAGGCAUUAUGGCUGCAUGGUGGACAUUCUAGGCCGUGCUGGGCUAUUGAAUGAAGCAUUCGAUUUCAUGGAAACAAUGGAGAUUGAAUCCAAUGGCAUUGUCUGGAGGACUCUGCUUGGAGCUUGUCGAAUACAUGGAAACGUUGAGCUCGCAAAGCGGGCGAGUGACGAGCUACUUAGAAUGAGAACGAAUGAGAGUGGAGACUAUGUACUUCUAUCUAACAUUUAUGCCUCACAAGGCGAGUGGAACGGGGCUGAGAAGGUAAGGGAGUCGAUGGACAAAAGCGGGGUGAUGAAAGAGGCUGGUUGUAGUCUAAUUGAGGCUAAUAACAUUUCUGUCAAGCAAUUUUUGUUUGAUCCAAAAUCAAAAUCUAAGUUUAGUUGGAAAAAUCAUGGAUCUUAAGCCACAAAACUGCCAGAAAAUGCACUAUUUGUCACUGUGAAUAUUGUUGAGUAAAAAACAAAUUCAUAUACUUA